CGAGACAAGUUCAAGGUGAUCCCCUCUGCAUUGAAUAUUUGUUGUGGCUCAAGAAUACAAUUAAUAAAGUAACAAAUAGAGAAGUUCUGGGGAGAUAAGAAAGACCAACCAAACAGUUUCUCCGUAUCUUUCUCCGCAACAGCAGCGAGACUGUCUGCUAUCGCUCCCAGUUCGAGUACUCAAAUCAUCAGCACCAGCAGUCGUUCAUUGCAUACGAGCAGUGACAGUUGUGCUUCUUAUAGACCGAAACUUUACACACGGAUAUUAAAAGUGCAAGAAAAUGCCAUCCUGCGGUCCUGGAUAUUCUUCACCCCUGGCAGCCAUGGCGGGUCCCAAGGAGAAGCUCCUCUACGUUAUUACAGUGCAACCGGAUAAGGAGCAUCCCGAGGGAGAUUAUCUCUCCACCGUUGAUGUCGACCCCGAAAGCCCAACUUUCUGUCAAGUCAUCCAUCGCACAUUCACUAAUCGCCCUGGAGUUGAGAUACAUCAUUGUGGCUGGAACACUUGCUCCAGUUGCCAUCAGAAAAAUGCUGAUGAGAAGUGCCUUCCGAAGAGGAACAAACUCAUUCUACCAAGCCUCACUGGGGACACAAUCUUCGUGAUGAGUACCGAGAAAGAUCCCCGAGCUCCGGAGCUCAUCAAGGUUAUCAAUGGAGAGGAAAUGCGCAAAAUGAACGUUUGUGCUCCUCAUACAUCACACUGCCUUGCAGAUGGAAAUAUUAUGAUUUCGACACUUGGGGAUGCUGAUGGCAAUGCAAAGGGUGAUUUCGUUCUCCUCGAUCCCGAGUUUAACUUGAAGGAGACUUGGACACGAGGCGAGAAGAAAGCCGCCUGUGGGUAUGAUUUCUGGUAUCAGCCCUAUUUUGAUGUGAUGGUGUCCUCCGAAUGGGGUCCACCACGUCAAUUCCGACGCGGAUUUCAUGCAGCUGAUCUCGAAGAUUAUGGAACUCAUCUCAAUUUCUACCGUUGGAGCACAAGAGAGCUCGAAUAUUCCAUUGAUUUGGGCAAGGAGGGUGUAACACCCCUUGAGAUUCGCUUCCUUCAUAAUCCCAAGAAGGCUGAGGGCUUUGUCGGAUGUGCUGUUUAUUCCAAGGUGUUCCGUUUCCACAAGCCCGAGGGUUCGGAUAAGUUUGUCGUGGAGAAAGUCAUCGAUGUGCCACCAAAGGAGUUGGGGAAUUUGCAAAAGAGCAAUGGAAUGAUGACAGACAUCCUCAUAUCACUUGACGACAGAUUCCUCUACUUUAGUAAUUGGACUCAUGGUGAUGUGCGUCAGUACGACAUCAGCAAUCCCGCAAAACCCAAACUCACUGGUCAAAUCUUCCUCAAUGGUGCCAUUGUGUCCGAUUCAGGGCUUGUGGUUGUUAAGGAUAGGGAGCUCUCGAGUCAACCAGAACCGGUCUUCGUGAAGGGACGGCGACUCGAGGGAGGCCCUCAGAUGCUUCAGUUGUCACUUGAUGGGAAACGACUCUACGUCUCUUCCAGUCUCUACUCACCUUGGGAUAAGCAGUUCUACCCGAAGAUGGUGAAGGCAGGCGGAACAAUAGUGCAAUUGGACGUAGACACCGUGAAUGGUGGGAUGAAGCUGAAUCCCAACUUUCUCGUUGACUUUGGCAACGAACCCAAUGGACCGACCCUUCCUCACGAAAUGCGAUAUCCCGGCGGUGAUUGCACAUCGGAUAUUUGGCUGGCGCAGGAUUAAAGGCGAGCUUCUUGUCACACGUCUGGACGUUGAGAUAUGAAGGUGGUUUUCUCGAUUCAAUUUCUUUUCGCAAUUUCUCGACUCGAGGCGCAUCUCUAUGUGAAAAAAAAAUCCGCAAGGAAGAAAUAUAAAAUAUUGUUUUUCUUUCCUGUCGGAGGGACAUGCUAGUUUUCGCAGCUCUUCAGGAGAUGGAGGAAAAACCACCAACUUGCAGCGGGGAAACGCUCACACAACACUAAAGUGUUACUUUUUUUUGUUCACCUAAAUAGUUUCUCUUUUCUUAAUUCCAUUUCCUAACACACACACCGUCAACGCAAGGACCCCUCUUCUACCGCUCCUCUAUUAUAUACCUUUUCUUUCAACCCCCCAAAAUGUUAUAUAUAUAUUUCCUAUCGUUUUUUUCAGUAUUAUUAUUUUUUUCUUUUUUUUUAUCUUCUCACCACUACAAAAUAGAUUAAUUUCUCCCUA